GUCAUUCGUCCGCGACACGCGUAGCAUGUUAUGCUAAGCGACAGUGCUAAGCGAGUAGAGGAGUUCUUUUCGUUAAAGAGUUUUUGGUUGGGAAGGAGGUAAAAUGUCUUUAUAUGAUGAUUUGGGGGUCGCAACAAGCGACACUAAAACAGAAGGGUGGUCUAAAAACUUCAAACUGCUGCAGUCUCAGUUGAAAGUGAAGAAAGCUGCAUUGACACAAGCAAAGACUCAGAGGACGAGGCAGUCCAAUGUUCUAGCUCCGGUUAUUGAUCUGAAGAGAGGAAGUGCUGUAGAUGACAGGCAGAUCUCUGAUACACCUCCACACAUUGCUGCUGGAAUGAAGGACUCGACAUCAGUUGGGUUUUCAUCCGGAGAUGUGCUGAUUCCAUUGGCUGAUGAGUAUGACCCCAUGUUUCCCAACGACUAUGAGAAAGUGGUGAAGAGACACCGCGAAGAACGACAAAGACAGAGAGAACAGGAGCGUCAGAAAGAGAUUGAGGAGAGAGAGAAGAAGCGUAAAGAGAGGCAUGAAGGAGGUGGAGCGCCAAGUGGAUUUUCACGUUUCCCAACAGAACAAGGCGAAUCAGAUGAGGAGGAGGAGUAUGACAGAGAAAAGAAGAAGAGGGGUAUAGGUGGAGCUGCCAUCGCCCCUCCGACAUCACUAGUGGAUCGAGACUCAACAUAUUCAUAUGAUGAAGAUGGUCGGCAGAGGUCGAAAGCAGCAAUCCCACCUCCCAUUUUUGAUGAAUCUGAUAGACCACGAUCUCCCCCAGGACCAACUAAUUCAUUCCUGGCCAACAUGGGUGGUACUGUGGCUCAUAAAAUCAUGCAGAAGUAUGGAUUCCGAGAUGGGCAGGGCCUGGGAAAACACGAGCAGGGGUUGAGCACGGCGCUCUCAGUGGAGAAAACCAGCAAGCGUGGGGGCAAGAUUAUUAUUGGAGACUCAACGGAAAAGACAUCAGGAUCCAGUCAGAAUGUGGCUGAUCCACAAGGCUCUAAUUCAGCGGAUGCC